GAAUUCUUCCCUUCACAUCUUUAUUGGAGGGGGUCACAGACCUGAGGAGAAACAAGGGAAGCACCUCCAAGCAGGGGGUACACACACACUGUAUCCUGCCGGCUGCAUUUUAUUUACUGACAGUUCCAAACUGCGAGGCACCUGCGUGCGUGACGGCCCUGGGAAGGAGCAGAGCUCACAGACCUGCUGGGUACGUUACCCCUGCUGGCUUCUCUCCUCCCCUCACCCGCCCUCCACGGUCCCCCUGCAUGUAUCUCACACCGCCUCUCUUCCCCACCCCAGCUGCCCCCUCGAGCUCCGCCGGCUGCUGCCGCCGAACGCGCAGCUGAUUUUCCACGCCGCCUGAGGAAGAUAAAAAGCCCUUCCCCGCUCCCCUUAGCCCCGUCUGCUCGGGCGCUGCCGCUGCCAAGAUGGCGGCGCCGCCUCACGCCGCUGCGUAGUGCCGCGUCCCGCCCCGCCCGGCAGAGCGGGAGACCCCGUCGCCGCCACGUGCUGCCGUCGCGCGCGGUGCUGCAGCUGCUGCUGCUACUGGUGCUGCUGCUGCUCUUACUACUGCUGGUGCUGCUGCUUCGGCCGCCGCCCACGCGCCUCCUGCACCCCGCGGCGGAAGAUGCGCGUGCAGUGUGCGAUAAUUAGCACCAUGGAGCCUCAGGUGUCGAAUGGCCCUACUUCCAAUACAACCAAUGGACCCUCCAGCAACAGUAGAAACUGCCCUUCCCCCAUGCAGACGGGGGCUGCCACAGAUGACAGCAAAACCAACCUCAUAGUCAACUAUUUACCCCAGAACAUGACCCAGGAGGAGUUCAGGAGUCUCUUUGGGAGCAUCGGUGAAAUAGAAUCCUGCAAGCUCGUGAGAGACAAAAUCACAGGGCAGAGUUUAGGAUAUGGAUUUGUUAACUACAUUGAUCCAAAGGAUGCAGAGAAAGCCAUUAACACUUUAAAUGGACUCAGACUCCAGACCAAAACCAUAAAGGUGUCAUAUGCCCGUCCAAGUUCAGCAUCAAUCAGAGAUGCAAACUUGUAUGUCAGCGGCCUUCCGAAAACAAUGACCCAGAAAGAAUUAGAGCAGUUAUUCUCACAAUAUGGACGCAUCAUCACCUCACGGAUUCUGGUUGAUCAAGUCACAGGUGUUUCUCGAGGUGUGGGAUUUAUCCGUUUUGAUAAGAGAAUAGAGGCAGAAGAAGCCAUAAAGGGACUAAAUGGCCAGAAGCCUAGUGGUGCUACAGAACCAAUUACUGUGAAGUUUGCCAAUAAUCCCAGCCAGAAAACAAGCCAGGCACUCCUUUCACAGCUGUAUCAGUCUCCCAACAGACGCUACCCUGGACCACUUCACCACCAGGCUCAGAGAUUCAGGCUGGACAAUUUGCUUAAUAUGGCCUAUGGCGUAAAGAGGUUUUCUCCGAUCACAAUUGAUGGUAUGACGAGCCUUGUCGGAAUGAAUAUCCCUGGUCACACUGGGACUGGAUGGUGCAUCUUCGUCUACAACUUGUCUCCCGACUCAGAUGAGAGCGUGCUGUGGCAGCUGUUCGGUCCCUUCGGAGCGGUCAAUAAUGUCAAGGUGAUCCGCGACUUCAACACCAACAAGUGCAAGGGAUUUGGCUUUGUCACCAUGACCAACUACGACGAAGCUGCCAUGGCGAUUGCCAGCCUUAAUGGAUACCGUUUAGGAGACAGAGUAUUGCAAGUUUCCUUUAAAACCAAUAAAACCCACAAAUCCUGAAUUUCAUAUCCUUACUUACUAAAAUAUAUAUAUAUAAAUAUAUAUACGAACAAAACAAAACAAAAAAAACUCUUCAAGGCUUAUAUUCAACCAUGGACUUUAUAAGCCAGUGUUGCCUAAGUAUUAAAACAUUGGAUAUCCUGUGAGGAACAGGAAAGGAUUUUAUAAUGCUUAGAAAAAAAAAACCUUUGAUGCAUUGAAUGUUCUUUCAUAGCUGUCGUUGUUGAAUAUAAUAUACAUAGAUAACAAUGUGCAGGGAUUUUUACCCGGCCAGCUAGUUUUACUACCUUCCUUGAAGGUGGGUCUUUUUAAGAUGACCAUUCACUCAUUUGAAAAAAUAAGAAAACAAA